UCAGCGCUGGGGGGGAGCCCUGUGUGACCAGCCCCCCCCCAGGGGGCAGAUCUCAGCCCUGCGGGAGCCUCUCUCGGCAGCCUGGCCUGCAGGGAGGAGCUGUUCUGUUGCUGCCCAGCUCCCUGCUGUGCUUUGGACUUUGUCCUGCCUUGGCCAGAGCUGCUGGGGGGGGGGGUAGCCUGGGGGGGGCAGGGCUGCCUGGGCCCGGCCCUGCCUGGGUUGAUGAGCACCAGCUGGGCACCCAGAGCCAGCCAGCCCAGGGCUCCCUCAGUGGCUGCCUGGACCCUUGACAGCUGCCCCCACCCAGGAAUCAUUAACAAGCCCCUGGAUCGCUCUUAACCCAGCGCAGGUGCGGCCUGGCUCCCCUCCCUGCCCCGUGGCGACUGAGAGCUGCUGGGACCCAGGCCUGGCAGGAUGGGGAGGGGCUGCCCCCUUCUCCUCCUCGGGCUCCUGCUGCAGCUCCAGGCUCCCUGUGCCGGGCAGGCCGGGGGGGCAGGGUCCAGCGCACCCCCCUGGUCAGCAGCAUCCAGCCCCACACCUCAGACCUGGGCUAAACGCACUGAGACGCCCGCAGGGACUGGCACCCCCACUGCGGGGGCCACAGCACCAGAUGAGCCCAGCUGUGGCAGUGGGCAGCCCUGCCCCCCUUGGAGCACCUGCGAGUCCUGGGCUGGGCACUUCUCCUGCCGCUGCGCCCUGGGCUUCUAUCUCAGCCGGACCAUGGGCUGUGUGCCAGCCAGGACGUUCCCGGGGCGCCUCUCCCUGCGGGCCCCCGGCCCGGCACCCCCGAGCCCGCUGCCACCUGCCGACCUGCGCAGGGUCGUCGCCCAGCUGGAGAGCCUGUUCCAGCCUAUCCUGGGGCAAUUGGACGCUUAUCUGUCCUCGUCCGUCCUGGACCUGCAGCCGCACAGCCAGGCGGUGACCGUCCUGCACAGCUUCUCGGCGCGCUCGUCCGUCACGGCCCGGCAGGUGGACGGGGCCAUCGCGGGGUUCUGGGCGCGGUGCCAGGCCAGCGACCCGGCCUGCAGCUUCCUGCGGGACACCGUCUCCUACCAGAGCCUGAGUCUCUGUGAGCUGCAGCCCUGCGACCCCGUCUCCACAGCCUGCGUGUUCCAGGACGGGCUGGCCCAGUGCCCCUGCCGGCCGGGAUACCACCCCGGCCCCGCCCCCGGCCCCACCAUGGGCCGUGCCUGCACAGCCUGUGGCAGCGGGUUCUGGCUGCGGGAUGGCGUCUGUGCCAGGUGCCCGUUUGGCUUUGGUGGCUUCCAGUGUGAGGAGCGUGAGUGUCCGUGUGGGGCAGGGCCCACGUGGGGCUGGGGCUGCUCAGCCUGGCCAGUCCGCCCCAGCAGAGCCCCAGAGCAGCAGCAGCUGGGGGGUGCAGGGGAGGAUGUGGCUCUGAUCCCAGCUGGCAGGGCCCUGGGACGGCAGGGGGAGGGGGGCUGUGCUGGGCCCGGGGCAGCGUGUGCCUUCCUGCUGGCGCUGGUUGGGGUGUCCUGUGCUGGGGGCGUCCUGCUGCUGCUGAUGGUGCUGCUGCUCCUGGGGUAA